GCGGCGGUGGGCCACGUCGAUGCUGCCCGGAGUGUCGCUGCAUCAUGCACAGAUCAAGAAGCAGCAUCACAGGAAGCGCCACGCCAUGGCGCAGAUUAUGGCCGGCACCGAAGACAUUGUGGCUGCUGUCGCGUACAAGCCAUCGUCCUUCCAGCACGACGUCGUGCAGUUGACUACGGACAACCUGCCAGUCCGCGCCAACAGCACACACGAGCCGAGUUCCCGGUACUCAGCGACCAAGACGUUGCCGUCGUGGAUUACAAGUGAUCGGCAAGUGCUUCGUUUCUUUUGCUACUUCUUGGAUCCGCCAUCAGGCGCAGACGACGACAAGUCGACUCGAGGACGAUCGCAUCCGCCUCCUUCGACAGCAAUCCGGCGACUCGUUCUCCAUUAUUACCUGGCUGACGCUUCCAUCGAAGUGUGUGAACCACGCGUAGUCAACAGUGGCCUCGACCAAGGUCUCUUUCUUCGCCGCACUGGGCUGAAGCACCCAUCGACAUCCCAACCGUACACGCCGUCCGACUUGGUUGUUGGAGCUUCGGUGUCCAUCAAAGGCCGUAUCGUCACCCUCGUCGAUUGCGAUGCUGCCACUCGCGACUACUACACCCAAGCCAAAUCACCGCAGCCGCCUGCCCUUCCAUAUCCAGACGCCCCAACCACGUCGCAAUGGGACGAGAUCGAGCGAAUCAAGCUGGCCGGCAAGCCAUCGUCGAUGAAGUUCCAUCAAGCCAACGCGCCGUUGGCUCACCAUCGCAUCACAGACAAGAUCAACAGCGCGGCAAAGGUCCAGCAAUUUAUGUUGUACAGCAACAAAGUGCUUCGGUUCUACUGCCGGUGGGACGAUCCACAUCCGCUAUACCCUGCCAGCCGUCCAUUUGUGCUACAUUACUACUUAGCUGACGACACGGUAGAAGUCCGCGAAGCAACUAAGGACAGGGGCAUUGGCAAACAUCCCGUGCUGCUGUCUCGACGCCGGCUGCCCUACGAAUCGCCCCACGUCGACGCUGCCCACGUCAAAGCCGCGUCUCGAUUUGUCACGGCGUUGGACUUGCGAUGCGGCGACGUCGUUGUCGUGUUCGGCCGGCAGUUUUACCUCGUCGAUUGCGACGAGUUCACUCGGACGUUCUACUUGGACUAUCACGGGAUCACCCAAGAGAGCCAAACUCCCCCGCCAUGCACCCCCGCCGUCCGAAUGGACGCCCCCGAGCCUGACGACUCGAUCUUGCAGCCAUUGCUCCAAAAGUCGGAGCGGAAAAAGACGUCGACAAAGCCACUCGGUGUCGACCAGUGCCUGCGAUUUCGAGCCAAGCUCGCCACCCCGACAGAUGACAUCCAAGCCAAACGCCGCUUCAUCCUGUCGUUCUACCUCCUCAACGGAACACUCUCCAUCUUUGAGCCACACGUGCCCAACUCAGGCCUCCCCGGCGGCAAGUUUCUCGACCGGCAAGCGUAUAAACUGCACCAUCCACUCAAUCGGUUUGCCCGUGCCAGUGACUUUGUCGUGGGCGGGACAGUGCAGCUCCAGCUCACGCCGUCGCAGCCGUUCGAACUCCUCGAAGCCGACGAUCAGACGUUGACGUACUGCGAGGACCACCCCGACGAAUUUCCCCGCUCGAACAUCGACUUGGUGCUUCGCCACGUUGUGGCCCAGCUGGCGACCCAGUCGACGUCCCUGCGCCACGUCUUUCGAGCGCAUGCGCUCUACGAUGGUACCGACCGGCCGAGGCAACUGUCCCCGGACGCAUUCGAUUUCGUGCUUCGCGAGCGCCUCCACUUGUCGCUGCACCCCCAUGAAGACCUCACGUUGCGGCGCCGGUACGGCCGCCCCUCGUCCGACACGGACAACCUCGUGUGGUACGAUGUGUUCUGCGAUGCAGUCUCGAGAACCCAUGACGCCAUGCGCCGUCGCGAGGGAAAUACACCGCUGGAUGCCCUUCGGCAGCUCAACGUGAACCUGCGAGGUGCCAUGCUUCGGGCGGACGGUACAAAUGCUGGCACGGCACCACGACACGUUGUCGAAAAGUUGCUGGGGUUCUACCAAGUGCAUGUGCCCAGCCAAGUGCUCGAUCGUUUCGUCGUGUCGCCGGAUGGAUCUAUCGAGUACCAUCGGUUCCUUGACGCUGUGUACCCGUGCGAUUUUUCCCAAGACGAUCCGCGCCACGAAGCGGACGAGCCAACGCUGAACGCCCCGGUGGUUCCGCCACCUGUGCCGGAGGACGGCCCGCUGUACAUCCCAACGUACCGCACCAACUUGGACACAGCUCGAUUCGGCGUCCUCGAUCCUGCACCAACAACGCACGAUCAUGGAAGUGACCUGGUUGAAAGCGUGUCUCGGCAACGGCCCGAGCAACUUCUGGAGUCAAAACGCGACGAGGAUGACGGACACAGCAUGACGUCGACGUUAGACCAGUCCACACCGUUCACGACCACACACAAUCCAUCGCUGCCAUCCCAUGCGUCCGAGAAUGGGCAUUCCAGCCAUGCGCUUGGCACCAGCAGGAGGGGGAGCUCGGCACAGUCCACUGGUGGCGGCGAUGCGCCGCCAGUGCCACCGCCGAUUUCAACGACGCCGCUUGACCAGUCCGUGUCUCUGUCGCGGUUUCGAACAACAGCCCAGAGCAUGCACGAAGCGACGGCUCGAGCCGCGCAAGAGCUCGCGCAGCGUGAAGUCGCCACUGUCGAGCCGCCGCUAGUGCCAGGCCAUCGGCGCAACGGAAUUCCCCCAGCGCCAAUGCGGCCCAACUCGACGCCCAUUGAACUGACCAAGGAACAGCGGGCGGCCCUGUACAAAACGACGAGCCAAAGUAUGGUCAGAAGUGUUGAAAAGACCGCUGCGCUCACGUCGCAGCGCGCCGCGGACGUGCUUGCUCGAGCCAAGGCCAAGCUACUGCAAGAGACAAAGCGGAAUCCCCUUGUGUCCAUGACCGUCACCGACGUCGAUAGCGUCGACAACUCGACCAAGGCCCUGUUCGCGUCUGCGUUUGGGCAGCACAAGUAUCAGCUGCGCAAGGCUCUCCGCGACAGCGACUACGACAAGUGCGGGUUUCUUGGAGAAGAUGCGUUCAUGCAAGCCCUCGUGGCCAUCCAUCCCGACCUGUCCGACGAAGAUCGGUACCGGAUCGCUGACGCGUUCUUCCCGUCAGCCGAUGCCCAACUCAACUAUAAACAGCUUCUGGAUGUGGCGUUUGGGUCGUCGGCAGCAGCGUAGUUGUGCCCUGGCACAGGAGAUGAAGCCUGGAGUACACGAACACGUCGAGGCGAGACAGACCACCGUCAGAUCGUUGUUGGUAUUUGCCUUUUUCAAUGCAUGUUGUUUUGGGC